AUGUCGAGUCUCGGGUUCCGAGACCGCUUUCCCUGCAACGACCUCCUCACCAAGCCCAGCUACCCAAGUUACCGAACAGCAUUCGUCCAUUCUCCAGCUAUACACCUACCAAUGGCAAAGCCCAAAGAUCGAAAGUGCCAAUGUCAAUGCGGCAAUAGGGCAUCGGGGAAGCUAGGCAUCUGCACAGACGGGAUCGUGGGCAAGCGCGACCCGGAGCUGGUACUCUGUGACAACUGCUACUACGAGGUGAAGGAGAUCAACAAGCUGAGGAGGGUGCCGACCUGUCAAUACCCCCCGGUUGUUCUGGACAAGAUUUGGCGCGUUGCCAGAUAA